AUGAUUGAUCAAGCGAAAGUUGAUCAAAAAGGAAUAAUUUUCCCGAAGCCUGAUGGACUCUCCAAUACUACUUCGAAAGAUAUUGGUGAAUAUGCAACAUUUCUUGAUUUACCAAAACAAAGGAACAGGACAAGUGAAGGUUUUACGUAUGUGGCUGUCAUAUAUAAGACUAUUUCGGAGAUUAUACCUGCAGAUUCACAAAGAGAAGAAAGUUCAGACGAAGUGAAAGAAGAAAAAGAGAGGAAAGAAUUCGUCAAUUCUGAAAUUUUGUCACUUACUACUAAGACAGAUUUGGGGAUUCUAUCUCCUCCUCUAAACCUAACAUUUCAGCACAAACACAAGAAUGAACGUGGCAUCCUUCAAGUAGUCUGUGUAGCUUGGAAUUUUACGAUAAAUAAAUGGUCAAAGAAAGGCUGCAAGGUGAACUCCACAAAUACCAAGAGGACAGUUUGCCAGUGUAGCCAUCUCACCAACUUUGCGAUUUUGAUGAGGCCUUAUACGUCUGCGAAGGAAGACAAGGAAUCUUUGAUGACCCUAUCUCUUGUGGGUGUUAUCUUGUCCAUUGCAUUUACAGUUUUAACCCUCAUUCUUUUCAUUUUGACUUGGAAGCAAAUAAGGAGUGAUCAAAAUAUUAUACUACUUAAUCUCUGCGGAUCGUUGGUUUUAUCAUACACUGUAUUUAUUGCGGCCGUGGAGAAGACGGAUAAUUGGGCCCUCUGUAUCUUCAUUACGGCCGUCAUUCAUUAUCUUUUCCUUGUGACCUUCUUCUGCAUGUUGGCAAUGGGUAUCUACUAUUUUAUGAGUAUUACAGUGACCUUCUAUGCAAUGUAUGUGGCGAAUAACUUCAAGUCGAAAUCCAGAGUGCAUUUCUUUCUUUUAGGAAGUUGGGGCUUUCCAUUAGGCAUCACAGUUAUAACACUGGGGGCAUUCUGGGGGAAAAACUACCACAUCAGAAAUUACUGCUGGCUCUCGAUGGAAAGUGGUUCUCUCUAUAUGUUCAUUGUUCCAGUUUGCGUUAUUGCCGUGAUAAACGUAAUAAUAAUGGCGUCCUUAAUACGAGUGUUGUAUAGUUCAAGUGCAAUGACAAAAUCUUCACUUCAGAGAAAGGCCGCGUCGGGAUUGCGAUCUCUCGGUACACUUGUGCCAGUAUUAGGCGUUACCUGGAUAUUUGGAGUCUUAGCUGUAAAUGAAAGCGCUGAAAUAUUCCAAUACAUCUUUAUCAUAACCAAUUCCAUACAGGGAUUCUGUAUAUUCAUAUCGCACGUGCUGUUGAAUAAAAAGCUAUUGCAGGGGUUAAGAACUAAGUAUCCAGCUCUGAGUGGACUAAGUAUCUUUACGGAAUCAAGCAAAAAGGAAACUUCUUCCGUGUCAAAGACGCAGUCAUCUCAAUUGGAGACUCCAUUGGAGAAGCCAAAGGUUAUGAUGACAUAA